AUGAGCUCCAACAAAGCCUCGUCGUCCGACUUCCUGGCGGCCAAAACUUCCGGUCCCACUACCAAAGGCACCACUUCCCUCGGCCUCAAUGAUGCCUCGGUGUCUACUCCCAAGUCGCAAAAGGGAAGCUCAUCUAUGCUUGAGUCGUGGGCGAAUGCACCCACCUCGUCGGAGCCAUGGUCAACGGUCAAAGCUACCUAUUCGCCCCAACGUUAG